AUGGCGACUAAGACGUUCAAGACCUAUGGUAAACGCCCCAGGCGGACUGUGACAAUAUUGUUCGACACAGCGGAGCCGAGCGGUUUGAUGCAGGAAGCAAGCUCGUCUCCAAGGCUGCCUAGUGACAACAAUGGAGACACUGAUAGCGGCGAUUCGAUCAAAAAACUGCCUAAAACAAAGUUGGCUGCUCGUCCACCGGGUUUGAACAGGAAAAAGCGCAGUGAACAUCUCGUAACACCUGCCAGGCACGGCACCUCGAGCUCACUCCAGCCUAUUGCCUCCGCGUCUCGCUCCGCUGCAGGCCACAAACGCCUCCGCACCGCUCCUUCACCAACAAAAGGCUCCAGGCGCUCACAAGCUUCUGAAUACCCCGCAAAACCGAAAAGAAUAUCCCGUCCGCCAUCGCCCUUAAAGGAAGCGGAUGUCAACAGGAUUCAUCUUGUUGAAGUCGACAAUAGUGCGACCAAGGAUGAUGUACCGCGUUUUGUGGACCUGGAAUGCCCAAAGAUCACGGAUCAACUUAACUGUGCUCAUGUCCGCUCUCUUAGUGCUGGCACCGAAGAUGCGCCUAUCGAUUUGUCCAGAAGCGAUGGAGACGAUGAAAUGCCAGCCUCAGUAAUACCCCUAACGAGGAAAAAGACCGGCUUGAAGCGGAAACCGCGAAAAAGGACCAAAACUCAACUCGACACUCAGAGUAUCGUGAUUUCUAAGACUUCACGUCAAGAGGCCACCUAUACCACUGCGAAGGCAAUCGGGACGGCAUCUUCCUCACAGGUUCACCCCGUGAUUGGGGCUUCAUUCUCAUCAAUCAAAGACCACAGGAAGAAUUUCCCUGUGUCUGACACAUCGUCGUCUACGGCUGCUGUUCGGGGAAUCAGUGCUCAAGCUGGAACAGACAGGAAUGCAUGCCGACCUGAUCAGGCUUCAAGUUCUAGUGGUAGAGGGGACUCGAUUCCGACAAGCCAGUAUCCACAACGAUCACAUGUUUCGUCACCACCCGGGACGCCCCACAGCGGAUCGUUCAGUGGAUCACAGAAAUCCACGCCCCGCCACACAGUAUACACUACUCCGAUUCCACGCGAGCGGCUACGCUUUGGCCACAAGUUGUCAUCAGCCGGGCUCUCCCCUUUUCCGGGAAAGCGACGCGACUCUCCCUUCCUGUGGCGGGGGUCUGGGGCGGUGGUUCCAUCCUUCGAUGAUUUGUUGACGUCCUUCAGCGACCUUUCCUUCAGCAUCUCGAUCAUUGCUACGCCCGCAUCACAGAAUCCUCCUGUUCGGCCUAAUGGUGUUCAACAACUUUUGAGCGUUUGCCACCAAGAGGAAGCCGUGGAUUUUGGUCAAUUCAUCCGAACUGUGCCCUCCAAGUAUUAUGAAGAAGUCGUGCCUUACCGAAAAGUUGGAGAAGCAUCCUAUUCCGAGGUCUUCGCUGUCGGCGAAAUUGUGCUCAAGAUCGUGCCAUUACUCGCUGACGUCGAAUUUGGCCACAUAACCGAAGAUCGCCCACCAGAAACCCCUGUGGAGGAUGCCCUUCGAGAGAUUCUGUUCAUGUCAAGAUUGGGCGGCCUGCCCGGCGGGUCUGGCUUCUCCGCCCUCUUAGGUGCGCACGUCGUACAAGGGAGCUAUCCCCAUUUUUUGCUUUCAGAAUGGGAUCGCUGGGAUGCUGUGAAUGAAUCUGAGAGCAUUAGACCUGGAUGCUUCAACGAGCAUCAACUGUAUGCCAUCAUCCAGAUGUCGUAUUGUGGAGAAGAUUUAGAACAUUACCGAUUCCCUAAAUCGACCGGCUGGCAACAAGCAGCUUCUGUGUUCUGGCAAGUAGCAAAAUCGCUCGAGAGAGCAGAGCAAUACCUGCAAUUUGAGCAUCGAGAUCUUCAUUGGGGCCAGUUACUCGUUCUACCUGUAACGAAUGCCGCGACCAAACCUGGAAGAUGUAUGGACGAGCCUGAUCAUGGGGUGGCGGUCACGAUAAUCGAUUUCGGCUUCUCUCGGAUGGAUGGGCCUAAUGUUGAUGAGCCUCCGUUCUUCACACCCUUCGAACCAGAGGUUUUCGAAGGUGAAGUCUAUCGAAUGAUGCAAAGCCACAAUGGUGACAAUUGGGCCGAUUAUCGCCCCAUGACCAAUCUGAUGGUAUGCCGGACAAACGAUGGCUCAGAUAAUUGCUCAUCUUCUGCAGUGGUUGCACUAUCUUGCUCUCAAGCUCUUGAAGCACAAGGGCCUGAAGAAACCAGGCCCCGCCCAGGGCAGAGUCAAUGUGCGGGUUAA